CCACUCCAGCUGAGGUGUGAUCCUGCAGCUCCGGGGCCGCGCUGCUCACCUGUGGCUCAUCCACAGCUCGAUCCUCUGCAGCCUUUUACGCACAGAAACGCCACUUUUGAGACUGUUUUGUUUAAAAAACCUGGAGCUCCAGUUUGUGUGAAGGAGAAGAAACUCCUCAGUUCAUUCAUUCUGAGAAACACACACAGCUGCUGCUUCGUGUGACUCCCACAGCGCGUUGGAGCUGCGCUGCGCUUUUACGCACAGAAAACUAACUUUUACGCGUCCAACCUUUUUUUUGAAAGCGUCCCCAGGAUCCUGAUCUUUUUUGCAGAAAUAGAGAAACCCUUUCCUGCAGCUUUGUGAGUCCAGAGCUUCUCCAUCACAACGAUGCUGUUCGACAGCUUCGACCUCGUGUCGGCGCUGGCCACCCUGGCCGCCUGCCUGGUGUCCAUGGCUCUGCUCCUCGCCGUGUCGCAGCAGCUGUGGCAGCUCCGGUGGACGGCCACAAGGGACAAGAGCUGCAAGCUGCCCAUGCCGAAGGGAUCCAUGGGCUUCCCCUUCAUCGGAGAGACCUGCCACUGGCUCCUGCAGGGCUCGGGCUUCCACGCGUCGCGGAGACAGAAAUACGGAAACGUGUUUAAGACCCACCUCCUGGGACGACCUCUGAUCCGGGUGACGGGCGCCGACAACAUCCGGAAGGUUCUGAUGGGCGAGCACACGCUGGUGACCGUGGACUGGCCCCAGAGCACGUCCACGCUGCUGGGACCCAACUCGCUCGCCAACAGCAUCGGGGACAUCCACCGCAAGAGGAGGAAGGUGUUCGCCAAAGUGUUCAGCCACGAGGCCUUGGAGUCCUACCUCCCCAAGAUCCAGCAGGUCAUCCAGGAGAGCCUCCGGGUGUGGAGCUCCAACCCCGAGCCCAUCAACGUCUACAGGGAGAGCCAGCGGCUGUCGUUCACCAUGGCCGUGAGGGUGCUGCUGGGCUUCAGGGUGUCGGAGGAGGAGAUGAGGCAUCUGUUCUCCACGUUUCAAGACUUUGUCGACAACCUGUUCAGUCUGCCCAUAGAUCUUCCGUUCAGCGGCUACAGGAAGGGAAUCCGUGCACGAGACACGCUGCAGAAGAGCAUCGAGAAGGCCAUCCGGGAGAAGCCGCUGUGCUCGCAGGGGAAGGACUACAGCGACGCGCUGGACGUCCUGAUGGCGAGCGCCAAAGAGAACGGCACGGAGCUCACCAUGCAGGAGCUGAAGGAGUCCACCAUUGAACUGAUCUUUGCUGCCUUUGCCACCACCGCCAGCGCCAGCACCUCCCUCAUCAUGCAGCUCCUCCGGCACCCUGCCGUGCUGGAGCGGCUGAGGGAGGAGCUGAGGACCAGGGGCCUCCUCCAGAACGGCUGCCUGUGCCCCGGGGAGCUGAGGCUGGACACCAUCGUGAGCCUCAAGUACCUGGACUGUGUGAUCAAGGAGGUGCUGAGGCUGUACACGCCCGUGUCAGGGGCCUACCGGACCGCCAUGCAAACCUUCGAGCUCGACGGAGUCCAGAUUCCCAAAGGCUGGAGCGUGAUGUACAGCAUCCGGGACACCCACGACACGUCCGCGGUCUUUAAAGACGUGGACGCGUUCGACCCCGACCGCUUCAGCCAGGAGCGCGGCGAGGACAAGGAGGGACGCUUCCACUACCUGCCGUUCGGAGGCGGCACCCGGUCCUGUCUGGGCAAGCAGCUCGCCACCCUCUUCCUCCGCAUCCUCGCCAUCGAGCUGGCCAGCACCAGCCGCUUCGAGCUGGCCACCCGGCAGUUCCCCCGCGUGGUCACCGUACCCGUGGUCCACCCGGUCGACGGGCUGAAGGUCAAGUUCUACGGCCUGGACUCCAACCAGAACGAAAUCAUGGCCAAGACAGAAGAUCUGCUGGGAGCAACAGUUUGAA